AUGAUUCCGGUUACAACUAUUGUCCCGGCUAUCGUUUUUGACUGUAAGCGAGCGAGUUCAUAGAAUCACCCAUAAUCUUUGUGUUUCUAGUGAAUCCCGGUCAAACUUGUGAUCCGAACUGUGCGUAUCAGUCUUGUCUCCAAAGAUGCGUAGGAGGAUCCACGUGCAGCAAUGCAAUAUGCACGUGUCCACAAGGAAGUUACGUUUUCAACAAUAUCUGUACUACAAACUUUGCUCAAAAUGAUAAUACGGUUUGUAGUUGAAACUUCACUUGAAACUUCAACUUUGAUUACAGAACUUUACCAGAACGGCAAGACCAGGAGAUGUUUGUGACAACACAAUUGUCUGCAUUGGAGGUUCGUCGUGUGUCAUCGGUACUUGUUCGUGUGACAUUGGAUACACUCCGAGCUCCGAUCGAACAUCUUGUGUUCUGAUUGACCGCUAUAACGUUAGAUCGAGAUCGUAUCCGAAAACCUUUUGCACAUUUGAUUCGGAGUGCACCGGAGGCUCCAUUUGUGUGGAUAAACGGUGCGCGUGUCGGAAUGACCAUGAAAUGAUCAAUGGAAAUUGCCAACUUGCGGUAACCGUAAAAACAUUUUUCUGAUUCAAUGCAUCUUCUUUCAGAAUCAACCUGGAUCCAGAUGCCAUACAAGUUUCUGUAGCAAAGGCGCCGAAUGUCGGAAUGGUUAUUGUGUCUGCGCAAAAACGAAUCAUUCGAACUCGGCAUUAGAUUGUGUGCCCGCAACUGGAACCACCACUAUGCUUGGUGAGUAUUUGAACCGAGUACGACUCAGAACCGUUCGUUACAGCAUAUCCGGGCUCAAAAUGCGAAAAGAGCACAACCUGUCAGAACACCUCGACUUGCCUUUUCGGUUUCUGUGUCAUUCCACAAGACGAAAGCGACAAAGAGAUGAACAGUCGGAAAAACCAUGAUAUAACAGCCAAAAGUACACAUCCGUUUUGUGAAUUAAGACGAAUAUUUGUGUUUCAGAGAAAUGCAGCAACUACAAAGACUGUGGAAAGCUUCAAACAUGCUCCACCGACGGAUUUUGCGAAUGCUCCUUUAACACUAAUCAAAUUAAUGGAGAAUGCGUUGCACGGCUUGCCUUUUAAUACUGAUUUCUAAUGAUAUUUUUGUAUAUUUGCAUGUGAACUAACUUAAUGAACUUUAACUAAUACGUACUAAUGUUUUAUAAAAAACAUACAAAUGAUUCUAGAUCCGGUGGCAAGAAGAAUUCCAACCGCGACAGUUUUGACGGAAUGUCCCAAAGACGGUUCAUGUAAACUUCCUGAUUGCUUCUGCACCAGGUAACAGGUAUUUCACAGAACUAUCUACUGAAAACUGAAAUUUUAGCUCUGGAAAGGUUCCUCCAAACAACCUUGACCCGAAACGAGUCCCGCAAAUGGUGAUGCUCUCGUUCGACGAUCCGAUCACAGACCGAAUAAUCAACACUCUCAAAUCAGUGUUCAGUGGAAAGAUUCGUAAUCCGAAUGGAUGCGCUAUUAAAGGAACCUUUUUUAUUUCUCACCAAUGGAACAACUAUGAUCAGACUCUCUGGUUGCACAGCAAGGGCAACGAGAUCAGUGUGAAUUCGAUCACAAGAGAAGACUUGUCCGGUCGGACUAAAGAAAGAUGGUACCGAGAGCAGAAGGGAAUGCGGGAAACUGUAGCAGAGUUCAGUUAUGUUGACAGAACUCAAGUCAUUGGAACACGAGCACCGGGCUAUAAGAUCGGAGGUUAGCUUAAUUUAACAUUUCUGAUUUUUCCACUUUUAUGUUUCAGGUGAUGCUCAAUUUGAAAUGAUGACUGAAAACAAUUUCACAUACGAUAAUUCUAUGCAAGUUAAUGGUGCGUAUUGGCCGCAAACCUUGGAUCACAAACUUGCGUGGGAGUGCGAUGGAAAAUGUCCCACACACACUCAUCGGGGUGUAUGGGAGAUUCCAGUUCAGAAUUUGCAAGCCGAUGACACUCGCUGGUACAAGACUUUGACCAGGGCUUUGAAAGUGAUAAAAAAUACUAAAAUAAGCAGUAUACCAAUGUGUUUCAGCCAAUCGACUCUCGGGAGUCAGUGAAGAAACUAUUGACGCGCAACUUUAUGAAUCACUACAAAACUAACCGUGCCCCGUUUGUUGUUUCACUCGAUACCGAGUUUUUGACGUAUCUUCCGGACAAUGGUGCUAUCUAUGCAUUGGAAGACUUCCUGAAAGAUGUAAUUCAUAUAACUGCCCAUAUCUGUUAACCAAUGCAAUGUUAUAGGUUGUUCAAAAGCAAGAUGUGUUUGUGGUAACCGGAACUCAGAUUAUUGACUGGAUGAAAAACCCGACCGACUUGAACGGCAUCAAGAAUCUCCGCUCGUGGCAAUGCAAAUUCCUCAUGAACGAUCACGUUCAGCCAUGUGAAGUGAGCAACACAAAUUUUUAACAUAUUUUCAAAAAGCUCAUUUCAGGUGCCAUCCACUUGCAGUUUCGACGGAAGAGCCCGUGGUCAGCUGGCGCAUAGCUUCAGAAUGUGCGGAGUCUGCCCCACUUCUUACCCAUGGAUCUAAUCUGAAUAUCAAAAGCAUCUAAUCAAAUAUUCAUUUUAUUUGUUCCUUUCCUACUUAACGCUCGUACCUUUUUUAUUAUAUUUCGAUCUCCAGUUUCAGUUAUAAAAAUGUCUGUCUUAGUCACCAUCUUCUCACAUUUAAUGCAUUCCACUCCGCACCACUAUCACUGAGAACUUUGAGUUUUUGCGGAGGGCGAAACCUCGCCGUUUUGUCUGCUUAUCUCGAGAUCUCUGCAAAAAACCGUUUGACGGGCGGGCGCGCCGGACACGGCAACAAGCACUCGAUGUUGUGCAACUCCCACCCCGAACCGUUACAACGGCGUACCACUUUAAGAUGAAGAUUGGCAGAAAAAAAAGAGAAGAAAGAAAUCUAAGGUCAAUAUUCCCACAGUCAAAUACUUCAUCCAAAGCAAAUAAAUCGCGUGUUGAACAAGACGAUUAUUCUUUGGCUGCGAUAUACCGUCUUUCACUAGAGCUUAGGAAUAAACGCGAAUCCUGGACCCAUCACAUUAAUCGGCUACUGUUAUUCUCUGUUUUCGGCACUUUUUUGUUAUUUUGUUCCAAUGUACAGAAUCUCGUCUUUUGUAUUCAUCAGUAUUGCACUUUUUUUCGCCAAAUGCGGUGAGUGGGCCACGUUUUUCUAGAAAUUUGGCUGGAAACAAAUCAGCAUCAGGAAGUAGCAUUCAUUCAUCCGGAACAUUUAUUUUUUCAAUCAGAAAACCUUUUCCCGCGCUUUUUACCGCUCGAGCUGCCAACUGUCAGACUCGGCCAUAACACAUAACCACACAAAUUCUCCACUUUGUUCUCCCAAUCUCCCGCCACUUCCCGACCGCGAUUUGCCCCGGUAGUCAAACAAAUCCGUGACUACUAGCCAGGCUGGCCACCGACAAAAAACGUUAGAGUCUAUGUACAAUCAAAUGUCGAGUUCAGACCGAACAGAAAUGUUUGAAUAAUGACGAUGGAUAUUGAAUUUCGGUUACAUUUUUUUUGCAGAAAAAGCCAAAGAGAAGGUAGUGGAGGAAAAAGCGGAGAAGAAUGAGAGAGAAUUGGCCAAGCACCUUCUCACCGAUUAUUAUCAGUAUACCCGGCCGGUUCGCAACUAUUCCAGCGUGCUCAAUGUGACGGUUCAGCCACAAAUUUACAAUUUGGUGGAAGUGGUACUCGGGCAGUCGCUUAAAGCUUGGUAUUCAUUUUAUUUUCAGAACGAGCAAAAUGAACAAAUCAAAAUUUUGCUCUGGUUUCCACAAAGCUGGCAAGACGACUAUCUCGUCUGGGAUCCGAAAGAUUGGAACGGGAUAGACAGGAUCAUAAUUCCGAAAUCUCAAAUUUGGAUUCCAGACGGAUACAUUUUUAACACGUAGGUCAAUAGAUCACUUCAAAAUCUUUUUUCUAAACACAAAAAUAUUCAGAGUAGAAGAAACGGAACCAUUGGAGAAUCACAAUGCAAGAGUCAGAUAUGAUGGACGAGUUGAAGUCGAUUUCAAUAAAGUGAGUACAUAUUUUCCUCCUCUUUUCGCUGUUUCAGCAUUGUUUGUACUUGUUUUCAGCUCGUCGAUCUGACCUGUCCUAUGUCGGUGCUCUCGUUUCCAUUCGACGUUCAGUUAUGCGCCCUGCAGUUCGGCUCGUGGUCCUAUCAGGCACACGCAAUCAGCUUUAACGUUCUGGACACUUUUGUGCCUAAGAAAAGCGUAAAAACGGCUUGAAAUCCGUAGCCAAAAAUAUGUUUUUUUUUUCAGAAAAACUCAGAAUGGGAUAUUGUUUCUUUCAACGCAACAAAAAUGACUACAAAGUAUGGGGACACUCUCGGAGGAUUCAAUGUCUACGAGGAGAUUUUCUAUUACUUAGUGAGGUUUUCAACAUUUUGAUAUAAUAUCAAACUUGAACGAGUUUUUUGCGAUUUUGAGUUAGCAGAUCACGUUUUCCGGCUUGUACAAGCUAUUCAGUGGAAAAAUCUAUUCCUCCAAGUGAGAAAUCUGAAAAGUCGACAUUUUUUCCAAAUUUUUUUCACACUUUUUGAAACCCAGUACAAUCCGGGCCGAUUUUCGAAGGGCCUCUAUAAUAUACAUUAAUUUUGCAGGAACUCCGACGAAAGCCGCUCUACUACAUUGUGGUCAUUCUUCUUCCAUCUUUUCUCAUUGUCACCGUGUCAAACAUUGGUCUCUUUACACCCCACGGAGUGCAUGGAGAUCGUGAGGAGCAUGUGAGUUCGAAAAUCUGGAUAAAAUGUGAUAUUCAGCCGGUUUCAGGUGUCUCUUGGUCUCACUACGAUGCUCACGAUGGCUGUCAUUUUGGACAUGGUCACUGGUCAAAUGCCAAGGAGUAGUGAAGGAAUCCCUCUUUUAGGUGCCACCUCAAACUUUAUUUCUAAUUCAAGACCAUAUCGUUUCAGGAAUGUACGUUUUGAUAGAAUUCGUGAUAUCAGUCAUCGCCGUUUUGGUCUCCGUUGGGAUAAUCUUCGCCCACGAAAGAAUGCUCUACUUGGACGCGACUCCGCCGUAUUGGGUGUACCGACUUUUCUCAGACGAGUGCAAAAUGUCUCUUGAAGAAGUGAGUCGGGACUUAUUUCAAAACUGAUUUAUGCCGUUUUCCAUUUUUCAGAUUGAAGAAGAUUUUUGCUCGAAGCCAGCUGAUCUAGUGCAAGAACUCAGGUUUUGUAUGGAAGAAAUCAAAAAGUAUCUCGAUGAGCAGGUAGCUUUCAUAAAUCAACCUAACAACUCAUAGUCAUUAUUUUGCAGGAUUCAACCGAGAAAAAUCGAAUAAUAUGGCAGCGAUUUUUCUCAUGGGCCGAUAUUCUGUUCAGCAUUUUCUUUUUUGUUGCUAACUGUCUUGUGACGUUUUUCAUGUUCAUGGAAUUCAUUUUUUGAUAAUUUUGCUUUCGGCUAUAAAUAUUUUGUUUCACAAUUACCAUCGAUCUAUGCACGAUGAGUCAUGGAUACACGGUCGGACACGCCCACGCACGCGUUGAAGUCGGCCACCGGCAGCCAGAACGCGGCGAAAUUUCAGUCGCAUGUGGUGUCAAAGCUUCCUUCUCUCUCUCCUUCCUUUUUUCUUUUUAUGCCAGUUCUGUUUUCAGAUCAUGCUUGGGUUCUUUUCGGUCGUCUUGAAGCCGUUUCAAUCGAUUCGGAACAAGUUCCGAAAAAAAGAAGGAAGAAAACAUUUUGUUCCGUUUGAAUUAUUCGCUCUCCCGCUCGUUCCUCUUCUCAACAUUCUGACAUACAUGAACUUGGACGACCUGUAAGAAUCAUAAUUUUUGGCUUUUUGAAUAGUGUUUUUCAGAGCCAUGCUCUCGCAGACGUCUUGUGUCGGAAAACGGGCUGUCCAACUGACGAAGGCACCAGACUUUGACCUUUGCGUCAACUUUUCAUUUGACUUUCUGGUGUUCUUCAAAAGCGAGCAAGAACCAACGAUCUACGAGAUAGAGAGUCUGAAGUUGCGAAGUUUUUUCAAUUUUCAGUACUGGGUGAAUGGAAUUGAUCCGCUGCUGAAAAAAAUGGAUCACUUUGUGAAGACGUUCCGAGUUCCAAUCGGACGAAUGAUCAUCGACCUCAACUUGUUUUCUGAGGACAAACAAGAGUUAAUCGAUUGGAUAACUGCUCAACCCAAGGCUCCGAAACUCAUAAGACUAGAAGGAGUUAAUAUCGACGCAGAUCUCUUUCAUUUCGUCCUCGAAAAAAACAUGUCAGAGAGAGAACUGCAUUGCUGCGCCAUCCCCACCGAACCGCUUCGAGAUAAACUAACCAUUCACAUCGACCGAAUGACGUCAUGCAACUCGCAAUGGCUGACAAUCGGAAUUCUUCUCGAACUCGACUGUGCCUUAAUACAUCUCGCGAAGUCAGAACUCAAAACGAGCGACUUGAUCACGUUUGUCGCCAGUUGGAUGAACGGAGAGAUGAAACGACUGGAAUGGUUUGCGGUAUCUGGAAGAGAGGAGUACGACCUGCUAAGAAUAGUCGAUGGAUUGAGCACGACCAGACAUAGUCUCCUCGAAAACCGUCUGAUCACUUAGUAAGUCUCUUCUAAUCAAACAAAUUAAAAUCCAAACCAUGUGUUUACUUUUCCAGCACGGACUACAACUACGAAGAGACUUAUUUCCAAGUGUCUGGUGGAUACACGGUCCAAAGAAAUGACGGAGUUAAAAUGCUCAUCUCGAAUUACGGUAGAGGUGAUGUGUACGGAAUGAGCUUCGUCGUUUUUCCGGAAACCGUCAACCACCACUGUGUCGUACAGUCGAUAGAACUCUUGGAGCCCUAAUUGCUCAUUCUUUUGUGUUUCCUUAUUCUGACUUCCUGCCCUUUUUCGCUAUUUGUUGCCUUUUUAUCCAAAUUAUUAUGGGUUUCAUUGAUUAUUUGUCAAAUAAAGAAACAAUUAACAAAAAACUCACCCAUCUUUCCAGAAGUCAUUUGCGAAUUUCAGAACAAAUUAAUUUGUUCCAGCGUUGGCGGCCCAACAUAAUAGAACUGCGCAGAAUAGAACCGCGACAUAAUAGAACUGUUCGGAGCGCCUUUUAAGCCUUUCUGUAGAAAAAAUGUUUCGUAGAAAAAGAUAAUUUUUGAAUCUCGUGAUCGAUUCAUUGCAUUCAUUAAUUUCACUUCCGUCGUGAUUCCUCUUCUCUACGGUAACGAAAACCCACAGGAAAUAAUUUUAUUGUACUAUCAAAAACGAAAGGAAACCAAUUUUCUAGAUAUAAACUGUGGUCUUCUGCUUAAUUGUUCGUGAGACGAAACAUUUUGCGAAAGUUAAUUGAAAGGAACGGACAAAAUGCUCAUAUAAAUACACAAAAACAGUUCUAUUAUGUCGCAGUUCUAUUGUGUCGCGGUUAUAUUCUGCCCAGUUCUAUUAUGUUGGACCGUCGUUUCCGAUUGUUGUACAAAUGCAUGAAAAUGUUGUGAAUGACUCGCUCGUAGGCUCGCUGAGCUCAGCUAUGUGUGACACAUGUUUAACGUGUGAUACUUCCAGUUCAUCGAACCCUCCGUACCUUUUAUAGACUUCUCCUGCAGAAUCCUCGCCGAUCAGAAUUCCACUAUACCGGCUUGGACGCUCGGACGGCAGCCUCUGCCAGCAAAGAGAGAGUCCUUCUAUUCCUCUUCCUGCCUUUUUUUAUGCUUUCUUGCUGUUUCACAUGAAUUCUUCCUUUAUUUUUACUUAAAUCUCUGUCAAAAUACAACAGAUGCCACUUUCUGCUAAACAAGGCGCAGUACGAUGCUUCAAAAACCGGCGGGUGUCCGCCGGGCCUCCACAAGCGCUAGCUGAGGAGAGACCUGCAAAACGCGCAAGGCAACGUUGCUGGCGCGUUUCGCGUGAGCUACGUAGGCAUUACUGGUACAACAGUCGACGUCAGAUAAUUGUGCUCUUUGACUAGUGAAAUUCUCUUCUGUUCGCUGUUUCUCUCGUGUUUCACUGACAUUUUUAAAAUGAUUUUCUUGCAGGUGAUAUGAAUCUGAUAGGUUUAUUACUCUCCCUUUGCCAAUUGGCAUUUCUCGCCGCUCUCGACCGAAAAGGAGUGCAUACCACUUUGAAGGCCAACUGGGAUUCGACGUCACUUCUAGCCGAAGCCAGGUAAUUUCAGGCCCAAUUUCUCCUGCGGAAACUACGGAAUUUUCAGUGAAUUCAUCGCGAAUGAGAACGAAAAACUAUUUUUCAAAUUCAUCGAUAUUGUAAACAACGAGUCCGGUACCCUCAAUUGGGAGAAAUGUGAGUUUAUCGAUUUUUCAUGUCUCUCAACGUUUUCCGUUUUUCAGUGACGGAUGAGAAGAAAUACGAGUAUGCAAUCAAGACGGCUACAAAAGUCUUGCCGACGUCUUCGGUUGACCUUCUGAAGUUCGCACUGGCUCUCCGACAGUAUUCGCCACGUGUUCAGUCUUUCCAACAGGUACAUCCGCUCGCUGACCAAUUCCUUGGCUCUCAUUAAUCACCAACAUUCUAGAUUGCCGCCGAGUACGGGGAAAACUGCGACGUGUUUGCUGUUGUUGGAGAACAAGUGUCCUGCGAGUAUGACAAAGUUGACCAACUGACGAAGAACGCAAAGAAAGACAGUCAGAUUCUUGAAUCGGAUCAUGUUAUUGGAGACAAGAAGUCACCGAAGGCAGUCAUUCUAUACGGAGAACUCGGAACCGCCUCUUUUGCGAAGGCUUGGCAGAAACUGUCGAAGAGCCAGAAGAGCGGACUUAUCUUCCGUCAUUUUUCCAAGAACGUCGAGUCUAACCCAGUUUCCUUGUCUGGAUAUGGAGUUGAGUUAGCCAUAAAGAACACCGAAUACAAGGCUGUUGAUGAGAGCAACGAGAAGAAAAAUAUUGAGGAGGACGAGGCGGAUCUCUUCGGAUUCAACAUCAAACUGCUCAAGGAGCUUCAUCCGGAUUCCGUCGAGCAAAUCGAAGCGUUCCGGAUCAACCUCAAAGAUUCGGACGAAUUGACGCCGCUCAAGAGAUGGGAGCUGCAAGACCUCAGCUACCAGGCCGCCCAAAAAAUUGUCAACGCCGGACAAUCGGAAGCCCUUGGAACUCUCGAGGAAUACUCGCAAAACUUCCCGACGCACGCUCGUGCUCUCGCCAAAACCAGUGUCAAUGAGAAACUCCGUAAGGAAGUGCUCGAUAACCGAAAGUUGCUGGAAGAAUCUGGAAUCGACGUCGGAGAGACUUCCUUGUACAUCAAUGGAAUCAGUCAGGACAUCAAUAGCCUGGAUUUGUUCAAGCUUGCGGAUCUUCUCAAGCAAGAGAACAAGCUGGCACAAGGGUUCCAUGGAAUGGGAAUCAAUGUAAGUUUGAGUCAAUGUUAGAAAGCUAUAAGUUGCAUGAAAUUUCAGCGUGAAUACUUGUCAGUUUUGGUUGGCAUGGACAACUCGGAUGAUGAGAAGACGAGCUACGCCGUCGACCACAGAGAAGGAUAUCCAUUUGUGAGUUUACUCGCUUCAGACAUGAAAAUUGAUGUUACGUGCCUUGUUUUCAGUUCAUCAACAAUCUGGACACUGACAAGAAGUACAAGCAGUGGGGAAACAGCGUGAAAUUAAUGCUUCAGCCGUACUACCCCGGAAUGAUCCGUCCCAUCGCCCGCAACUUGUUCAGUUUGGUCUUCGUUGUUGACCCGAGCAGCUCCGAGGGACGAAAGUUCUUGAGAAUCGGGCAGACCUUCAACAAUCACGACAUUGCGAUGAGAAUUGGAUACAUCUUUGCGGUCAACCAAGAUCCAGAGGCCAGUGGGGAGAAUGACCUCGGAGUGGCGCUGCUCAAUCUGUUCAACUUUGUCGCCAUCGACUCCUCAAAUACUGAUGCUCUCAAGACUCUCAACUCGUUCCUCGAUAGUUAUCGCUCCAAAGAACCGACAAUUGAGGAUUUGAAGACAUUCUUCGAAGGAAAAUUCAGCGACACCAACUUCAAAGACGUAUUCGGAGCCGAUUCUGAUUACGACAAGGGACGCAAGCAGGGCUACGAGUUCUUGCAAAAGACCGGUCUCAGUGACGCGCCGAAAGUUCUGCUCAACGGAUAUGUGUUGGAUGAUGAAGGAGUCCGUGGAGACAACAUCGAGGAGACGAUCAUGAUGGAAGUGAUGAAGAUAUCUCCGAAACUCCAAAAGGCUAUCAUGAAUGGAAAGCUCACUGACCGCAUGAAUGUUGGUAACUGGGUGCUCGAACAGAAGGAAGUCAUGCCAAGAAUCAAUAAGAGAAUCCUCUCGGCUCCGAGCAAGCGCGCUUAUGUCGAUCUCCUCGGUUCUAAAGAAUGCAAAACAUUGAAGGGUGCCGAGGUUCUUCCAGACACUGACAAAGCCAGAUGUCUUCUGGAGACUACCAAAUAUCUCCAAAAGGCGACAAACGACGCAGUCCUGGUAAGUAAUCAGUUGGAUUUGGAGAAAUCACGCUCAUAAUUUCAGCCAGUUACCUUCUGGACGGUUGCCGACGCCGAGACAGUCGAUGGACGUCGAUUCAUCUACAACUCUCUCCAAAUCCUCAAAAACUCAGCCAAAUCUCGGAUUGGAAUCAUUUUCAACCCGGAGAACAUCGACAAGGCUUGCGAGCCGGAGAGCAUUUCUUCGUACAUCCGUGCCGCUCUCGAAUAUCUUUCAAUGGAUCAAGCCAAGCGACUGAUCCUCAAGUUGAGCAAUGAAGAAUACGCCGCCGACUUUAUUACCGGCAAGAUGACGUUUGACGAUCUGAGUGUGGGAGGAAUGGACACUGGCAAAUUCCUUGCUGAUAAGAAGAAACUGACCUGCGAACGCACUCGUGCUGAAGCCGGUCUCAUCAAGAGUGUCCUGGAAAUUGCCGGUGGAGACCGAGUCAUUGUCGGAAACACUCUUCAAGUUGGACCACUCGACAAGAACGAGCACUUGGAAGCGGCUGAUUUCAAACUCUUGGAGAACAUGCUUCUGUCCAGAGGAGCCGAAGUCAUCUCUUCGCACCUUACCAAAUGGGAGUUCAGUUCUGCCUACGGAGCCGGCUCCAAUGUCGUCUUCGCCAUUUCCGGACUCAUUGGAAAACACGCAUCAACUCAGAAGCGUACUUGGGUCAGCAUCAAGGGAGACGAGCACAGUGUCGUGACACUUGUGGCUGACGAGGCCGACAAACCAGCUAUCGAUGUGCUCGCCGUCGUGGAUCCACUCACAUUGGAGGCUCAGAAGCUCGGAACCAUUCUGCAAGUCAUCAAGAAGGUUACCAAUUGCGACAUCAAGAUUGUGAUGAAUCCGAAGGACAAGCACUCUGAGUUGCCACUCAAACGAUUCUACAGAUACGCCGCUGCUUCCGAACUUAGCUUCGAUCAAAAUGGAAACCUCAACGCAAAUGUCGUCAGAUUCGACGGACUUCCAAGCAAGCAGCUUUUGACACUUUCUCUCCAGGCUCCAGAUUCUUGGAUCGUCGAGGCUGUUUCUGCCAAGUACGAUCUGGACAACAUCAAGAUGGAACAAGCGUCCGGUGAUAUCGUGGCCGUCUUCGCCCUCCAGCAUCUUCUCGUGGAAGGGCAAUGCUUUGACGAAGUCAGUGGACAGCCACCAAGAGGAUUGCAGUUCACCCUUGGAACCGACAAGAACCCCAAGCAGUUCGAUACCAUCGUCAUGGCCAACUUGGGAUACUUCCAGCUGAAGGCCAACCCAGGAGCAUGGAAACUGGAGAUCCGUGAGGGAAAAUCUAGUGAUGUUUACAAGAUCGGCAGCCACGUCGGAGCCGAGAAGAUUGCCGAUGAUGUGCUCCAAGUGGUUAUCGAUUCGUUCACCGGAAAAUCGGUGAGAGUACGAGUGGAGAAGCGAGAAGGAAUGGAAGAGAGAAAUCUACUCGCCGACGAUGAGGAAGGUGUCUGGAGCAGUCUGAGCAAGUAAGUAAUCAUUAAUGACACGCAGAUAAGUAACAUUCAAUAUUUUAGUCUGGUGGGCAACAAGGAGAAGCCGCAAGAGACCAUAAACGUAUUCUCCCUGGCUUCUGGACACUUGUACGAGCGCUUCAUGAGAAUUAUGAUUGUGUCGGUCAUGAAAAACACGAAACACCCCGUCAAGUUCUGGCUCCUCAAGAACUAUCUGUCGCCGCAGUUCAAGGAGACUCUGCCGACCCUCGCCAAACAUUACGGAUUCGAUUACGAGCUAGUCGAGUACAAAUGGCCGAGAUGGCUCCAUCAGCAGAAGGAGAAGCAGCGCAUCAUGUGGGGAUACAAGAUUCUAUUCCUUGAUGUGCUCUUCCCACUCGACGUUCAGAAGAUCAUUUUCGUCGAUGCGGAUCAGGUGGUGCGCGCCGAUUUGAUGGAAUUGAUGAAGUUUGAUUUGGGAAAUGCGCCGUACGGAUACGUGCCAUUCUGUGAGAGCAGGAAAGAGAUGGAUGGAUUCCGAUUCUGGAAGCAAGGAUACUGGGCGAACCAUCUUGCCGGCCGUCGCUACCACAUUAGUGCCCUCUACGUCAUCGAUCUCCAAAAGUUCCGUCAGAUCGCCGCCGGCGACCGACUCCGUGGACAGUACCAGGGACUCUCCGGUGACCCGAACAGUUUGGCCAAUUUAGAUCAGGAUCUGCCGAACAACAUGAUCCACCAGGUGAAGAUUAAGUCGCUGCCGCAGGAAUGGCUCUGGUGCGAGACGUGGUGCGACGACGGUAGCAAGAAGAACGCCAAGACUAUCGACUUGGUGAGUGGAAUGAAAACUGCUUUAAUGAAAAUUCUUUUUUUUUCAGUGCAACAACCCUCUGACCAAGGAGCCCAAACUGGAUUCCGCAAACAGAAUCAUUGGAGAGUGGAAGAGUUAUGACGAUGAAAUCCGCGAAGUCAUCUCUGGAAACGGCGAGGAUCACACAAUCACAGAAAACUCUGAGCAUUCUCACACUGAGCUCUAG